AUGGUUGAAGCCGACUGCCCUGGAAAGCUCUUCUUUGGAGGGCUCAAUACAGAAACUAAUAAGAAAGCCCUGGAAGCAGUAUUUGGCAAAUAUGGACGGAUUGUCGAAGUACUCUUGAUGGAAGACCGUGAAACCAACAAAUCGCGAGGAUUUGCUUUUGUCACCUUUGAAAGCCCAGCAAAUGCCAAAGAUGCAGCCAAAGAUACGAAUGGAAAGUCAUUGAAUGGGAAAGCUAUCAAGGUGGAACAAGCCACUAAACCACCAUUUGAAAGUGGCAGGCGUGGACCCCCACCACCUCCAAGAAGCAGAGGCCCACCAAAAGGCCUUAGAGGUGGAAGAGGAGGCAGUGGAGGAACCAGGGGACCCCUUUCACGUGGGGGAAACAUGGAUGAUGGUGGCUAUUCCAUGAAUUUUAACAUGAGUUCUUCCAGAGGACCACUUCCAGUAAAAAGAGGACCACCACCACGAAGUGGUGGACCUCCUCCUAAAAGAUCAGCUCCUUCAGGACCAGUUCGCAGUAGCAGUGGAAUGGGAGGUAGAGCCCCUGUAUCACGUGGAAGAGAUAGUUAUGGAGGAUCACCAAGAAGGGAACCCCUGCCCUCUCGUGGAGAUGUGUACCUGUCCCCAAGAAAUGAUGGCUAUUCUACUAAAGACAGCUAUUCAAGCAGAGAUUACCCAAAUUCUCGUGAUACAAGAGAUUAUGCACCACCACCAAGAUUAUGGUCAUUUCAGUUCACGUGA